AGAGAGAGAACGUCAGUUUUUCACGAAACGUUCGGCUUGAUCGGUCAUCACUUUGUGAGCCUGUGCCUUUAAAAAAAAAAAUCGCAAUCGACAAAACAAAAACAAAUGGCGAGCGGUUACAGAGCUCUGCUGCAGAGUUUAGACGAAACGGAGAAAGACGUGAAGCGUGGCUUGGGUCGUUCUGUUCAAAUUAAGAAGCCGACGAGAUGUUGCCGCUGUUGCAGGUCAAACGCAGCCAUGUGGACGUGCAUCGCUGCGCUCGUACUCACCGGAUUGGUCAUCAGUGUCGGAUUACCCAUCCUGCUGACGGUUCCGGUCGAAUCCAGCUGGCACUGGAAGCAUUGGAUGCCUCAUUUCUGGAACGAGGUCGCCACUAAUUCUUCCUCCAGCAUCGGCCAAGGGCAACAUGUCAUUGCUACGGAAAACGGACGUGACAACGGAACUGUCUCGUCUACCAUUGGACACCCUUCCGCCAUGCCGGAAGCGGGCGCUGUUGCCAACGCCACCGCAUCGGUCACAUUCGUCAGAGAGACCAUCGCUCACCUCCACCAGAUGAUGGAGUGGACGAGAGAGCAGUACGACAAGACGCCCAAAAUUCCGCUAAUUAUCGGCUUGUGCGCAUUGCUGCUGGUCAUCAUGACCAUCAUUUGGCUCGUGGUGUACAGGAAGAUCCGGCGUCGCCAGAGGCGUCGCACCAUUGGCAAGCUGGUGACAGAUCUACAAUCAGGAAAGACUUUACUCAAUUCGGAUGACAGCGAGGAAGAUUAGCUUUAACGUUGUGUGUUAUUAAAAAUUCUUUUGAUGAGUUAUUUGUGUUCUUUAAUGUUUGAUUUGAAUAUUAGUAAUUGGAUUUAUUGAAAAACGAUGUGCAAGGGCAUUGGUUUUUCAUCUAGUCGAGUGGUGUUUUCAUAUACUGAAUGUGUACGUCCUUCCUUUUCCGUCCGCUUAAUUGCGUCUAUACAACAUGAUAAUGCAAUACAAUUUGCCAGGACAUUUUGAAA